AAACCUGUUUUCGAAUCUUACGUAACAUAUUUAGGUGCUCACCUACGACAUUCCACAACUACGGCUUAAACUUUCAGAAUAUGGUGUUCAAGAUAUCAAGCUGGUUUUUAUAGUGGUUCAAAAGAAACACAACAUUAGAUUCAUGAGGCCACUUCCAGUGUGCUUAUAUAUAAGCUCCACGCUUAAGGGAUCUGCGGUCACUCCACGAUAUGCUGUACUGGUUGAUGAUCUCUAUUUGUCUAUGGAUGAACUUGAAAGCUUGACGUAUGUACUGACAUAUGCCCACCAAAUCGUGAAUCUCUCAACGUCUCUUCCAGCACCACUCUAUGUGGCCAAUAGAUGCGCUGAGAGUGGACGCAACAUUCAUGAAGCCUACAAUUCCGUUGUACUUGCGAGGAGCUCGUUCGUGUGUUGCUGA